AUGAUACGGGACAUUUUUGAGGGCCUUAAUGCUCGCAAGAGUGGCGCAACAGAGAUAGCCAACUUUCUUGUGCUUUUACUACGCAAAGCUGCUUCGAUGUAUCCGGGUCUUGCUGAUGAACUUCAAACAUUGGGCUUGAGCAUGUCAUGCCGGUGCAGGGAUCUGGCCACUGUGCUCUCAGAACUUAGCCAGAAUCUGCCCUCGCGAGACCACAAGGUGAGGACUGCUUUUGUGCAAUCCGUGCAGAAGGGUGGCUUUAAAAAUAGGAGGUCGGCCAAGCAAUUUGGAAUUCACAUUUCCCGGAGAGUGUGGCGAACUGCUUCUACUACGCACAAGCCCGUGUCUCGGUUGGGUAGGCCGAGGAUUCGAGAUGACCCUGCUGUGGUGGAUUUGGUGAAAAGUUCUGCCCUACGAAACUCGGUGGAGACAUCCAAGUUUAUGAUGGUGCCUUCGCAGAAUGCCAAGAGCAAGGAAGUUGUGGUGAGACGUUGGACUAGCAGCCCUUUGCAGAUCUACUUGGAAGACGAGCAGUUGCUUGCAAAGAUGAGCUAUAUGAGUUUCACGCGCAUUGUACGAGCAGAGUGCCCUCAUGUAAGGAAAGUGAACAGCUUCAUUGCCAACAUGCGCGCCGAUCUCCAUGCAACCUAUGACAAGUACUUCCAGCAUUUCGACGACGCAGAAACUGUUGCUUCAGACAACCCAGACCCAGCUUCCCUGUGCCGCAAAUAUUUGUUGUACGUCAACCAGCACACACAGAAAUACAGAAAAGAGCUUCAAGCGGUUUCACGCAAGUUGAUCUUCGCCUUGCAUGAAAAGGAAGGACCUGUGGAGUAUGAGCUGCAGUGGCUUUGCAAGCUUGUU